AUGUCCCUCCCCACCUUCGACAACCUAACCCUCGACCCCAACGGCCCCCCAGGAAACGCCUGGGGUCUCUUCGGCCCGGCGAACAACGACCUGGGGAUGCUAAAUCUACUAACCCCGGAAACCGUUCGACAAGCCGCAACCGAGGAAAUCCGCGACGGAGUGCGCAUUUCCCUGGAUCUACCACUCAACCGUGUGCGACAUUCCAGCUUUAAUCGGAAACCGUUCGUCCAGGAACUGAUCAACAAGGCGCCGCGGUUCGUGAAUGAUGAUGUGUUGACGUUCAAUACCCAGACGAGUACCCAGUGGGAUGGGUUCCGGCAUUAUGGAAAUCAGACACACGGAUGCUACUUCAACGGCCACUGUUUGGAGGAGUUGAAGUCGUCGGGUGUAUUGGGUAUUGAUGCAUGGGCCAAAAAAGGCGGCAUAACCGGCCGAGGCAUCCUCCUCGACUACGCCCACUGGGCCAGCACGCACUCCAUCCCCCUAACGCCCUUCACAACCAGCAGCAUUCCCCUCUCGCAUCUCCAAUCGCUCAUGACCGAAUACAACAUCCAGACUCGUCCGGGAGACAUCCUCUUCAUCCGCACAGGCUUCACAGCCGCUUUCAACGCCCUUACCCCGGCCCAGGAGGAAGAGCUCGGCAACCGCCCCGCGCCCAGUUUCGCGGGCAUCGAGAACGGAGAGGCCAUGUUGCGCUGGCUAUGGGAGAACCAGUUUGCGGCUGUGGCGUCGGAUACGCCGAGUUUGGAGCCUGCGCCGAUCAAGCAUGAAAAGGGGAUGACUCUGCAUGAGUGGUGUUUGGCUGGGUGGGGAAUGCCUAUUGGAGAGUAUUUUGAUUUGGAGGAAUUGGCGACGUAUUGUAGGGAGAAGGGGAGGUGGGGGUUCUUUUUGUGUAGUGUGCCGUUGAAGGUUCCUGGUGGUGUGGCUAGUCCGCCUAAUGCGGUGGCUAUUUUGUGA